CAUUUGGUGCGUUCGAUUUGCUGCAGGUAUAGUAUCGAUGGUUCGAAGAGCUGGCGGCGGACGUGAUCGUAGGCAGGCCUCUUUCGAGUCGGGAAGAAGACUUGAAUGACAUCAUGUCAGAGAAGACUCGUCUUCCAACAGAAGCCGUGUCUGAUAUAAUUGCAGGAAUCUUCUGCGGUUCUUCCCUGAAUGAGGUGGAAAUAAAGGUGGAAAAUUGAAAGAAAAAAACCAUCAAAUUCCCCUCUCGGGUUGCUGCAAUACGCCAGUAGACCUACCACAAGAUCGCCGAGUCGACUUCAUCUUUCGUGCUAUAUAGGCAGAAACCUCUCUCUUUCUCUCGGUGUGUCUUUCAGAAGGAACUGACAGGAAUGCACCCUAGCAGUGUGGAAGAAGAGGCAGGGGCGCCCAACAGAGUGAACAGCCCCAGAUUCUCAGGCCCAAUGACAAGGAGAGGCCACUCCUUCAAGGCCAACCAUGAUUUAGAGCUGCAGCUCCACUCCCCAAGAUCGGAAAUCUCCGGACACAAGCACAACAGCCACCAUCACCAUCCUGGCGGAGAUUCAGAACCGCAGGCCAGGACCACCAGCUGCUGCAAUGCCACCACCAGCGUCAGUGACGGCGGCAAUCCCAACAGCUACCAUCAUUGGUAUGCUUACCAGCAACGGCACCUGUUUGGCAAGGGCUUGCUGAAGAAAUCUUACUCUCCGUCGCUGGUAGAUUUUGGAGUCAGAGCCUUCGGGAAAAAGAGAUUGAGUCGCCUGAUAUUCUAUGCCUUUUGUGGAGCUUGCUUGUUCCUUGGAAUAUUGAAGAUCUCCACCUUAUUUUGGGAUGGAUCUGAUAUUGAAAACACGCAUGAUUUCACGAACCUCCAUGGUGAUGCAACGUUUGGCGAUAAGAUCUCAGGCAACAAGGGCCAGCUUUGGUAUACGGAGGGCAGUGAUGGUGAGCGUUCCUUGAUGAUGUUUUCAUCAGUUUUAGACGACAGCGCGAUGCCCAAAUCUGAUUAUUCAGGUGUUUGGUCCAAGCCAGAUAGUGAAGAUUUUAAGCAAUGUAUUGAUCGUCCGAAAAACUAUAAGAGACCUGAUACUAAGACAAAUGGUUAUCUCCUAAUAAAUGCUAACGGUGGUCUGAAUCAGAUGAGAUUUGGGAUAUGUGACAUGGCUGCUGUCGCUAAAAUCAUGAAGGCAACCCUUGUUCUUCCUUCAUUGGAUCACACUUCCUAUUGGGCUGACGAAAGUGGUUUCAAGGACCUAUUUGAUUGGCAGCACUUUAUUCACACACUAAAACAUGAUAUCAAUAUAGUCGAGACAUUGCCCUCCGACUUGGUGGAAAUUGAGCCCUUCAGGAAGACCCCCAUCUCCUGGUCUAAGGUCAAUUACUACAAAACCGAAGUUCUUCCUCUGCUAAAGCAGCACAGAGUCAUGUAUUUAACUCAUACUGAUUCACGGCUUGCAAACAAUGAACUUCCAAGUUCUAUACAGAAACUAAGGUGCCGAGCAUGCUACGAAGCAUUGAAAUAUUCGGCUCCAAUUCAGGAACUGGGGAAGACCUUGGUUUCAAGAAUGCACACAAACGGGAGCCCCUUUAUUGCUCUUCACCUCAGGUAUGAAAAGGAUAUGCUGGCUUUCACUGGUUGCACCCAUAAUUUAACAAUGGAAGAAGGUGAAGAGCUUCGACGCAUGCGAUAUGAGGUGAGCCAUUGGAAGGAAAAGGAAAUAGAUGGUGCUGAAAGAAGGAAGCAGGGAGGUUGCCCCAUGACACCCAGGGAGACAUCCCUUCUAUUGAAAGCAUUGGGGUUCCCUUCAACCACUAAUAUUUACUUAGUAGCUGGGGAAGCUUAUGGCAAUGGCAGCCUGCAAUAUCUCAAGAAUGACUUUCCCAACAUACAUACUCACUCUACUCUUGCUACAGAGGAUGAACUAAGUACUUUUAAAAAUCACCAAAACAUGCUUGCUGGAUUAGACUAUAUUGUUGCUCUUGAGAGUGACGUGUUCAUAUACACUUAUGAUGGGAACAUGGCAAAGGCUGUCAAGGGCCACAGACGUUUCGAGAAUUUCAGAAAAACAAUAAGCCCAGACAGAGAGAACUUCGUAAGGUUUGUUGAUGAGCUUGAUGAAGGGAAGAUCUUAUGGGAGACGUUUAGUUCAAAAGUAAAAAGGCUGCAUGAAGAACGUAAUGGGGCUCCAUACUUGAGGGAGCCUGGUGAAUUCCCAAAGCUUGAAGAGAGCUUCUAUGCAAAUCCUUUGCCAGGUUGUAUUUGUGAAAGUAGGAGGGACUCCAGUUAG